AGAAGCCGGCUUGUCCUAUCGGAGUGGUUCGGAGCUCUGGCUUUUGAUUGGAUAACUCGCUACAGGUAAGACAACCAGCUGUCUCACCUGUCCGGUGUACAAACUAGCAAGCUGGAACGUUCUCCUAGUCUCCCUCGUAUCAUGGGAAGUGGUAAAUUGGCCGACAGGCACGCAGUCGGAAGCGUUAAUAUCCCUUUAGCAUGGGCGAUGUUUGGAGGCAGUACUUUUUUAUUGUUCCUUUUAUGUUAUUGUUGUCAAAAGAAAUUAAGAGAAGAUACGAUAUCGUUAGAUGAUAGCGAAAGAAUAAGAGAUCAUCCACAUUUACAACAAAUUCACGUCAUAUCCACAUCAUCAUUAACGGCACAAACUUAUCACGUGAUUCCAGGUACGCCUUCGCCGCCUCCCGCCUACGACAGCGUUGUGAAGAAGGAUCCAUACGAAUACGACCAAAGUCCACCCCCGUAUGACGUAGCCCUAGCGAAUUUGCGGAGCGGCGGCUACGUUUGAACAUUACACAUAUGUAGUACCCUGUAUCAGGGAGCGAAAAAACACUCGUGAGCAAUGAUACGAGGCCCGACUUCGAGGGGCACGUGCGUAUGCCUUAAAAAAUAUUCUUAAAACAAAACAAAAAAAAAAAGACGACAGAAUUUAGUGGGACCAAUUAAUUGCAAUUUUGUUCGAUAGAUGGCCAAACCGUCCAUGUCGAGAACGUCACAAAUGAUUGAUGUGUUCGAGCGUAUUAUUAUUAUUAUUUUGUGUGUUUAAUUAAUGUUGUCUGUUAUCUUUUAAAAUAAUCUACGACAAAUAUUGAGUAUUUUAUAAAGAAAAGAACUUGAAUAAAUAUGAAAUUUUUAUU